AACAGGCGGACUCAGUACUAAUCACUCUGCUACCUACGGGACUAUAGAGUAAAGAAUGAUGUUAUCAUUUCGCGAAGGUCGAGGCUAAAGAUAUAAAGUCCGCGGCUCGAUCGAAGCUCCUCAAUCGACGACAUACUGUCGAGGGACGGUCGGCACAAGAAGAGAUUAGGAAGCGCAGGUAGCAGUAAAAUUGUGCGCCCUCGGUCUUGUGCACGAUCGUCUGUGCAGCGGAUGCCAUCUCGUCGUGGGAUUGCUGCACGGCCAGAACUUGUGUUUGUAUGUGUAUGAGAGCAAGAAUUUGUUCACCGGGACGAAGCCGUGAACAAUAGCAGCAGCAGAAGCGAGCGAGGAGCGAGCGACAACAGCUGCUAGCUAGCUAUCGAGGAUAGGAACUAGGAGCUCGUGAGAUUGGUGCGGCAAGAUGGCGAAGCAUUCCUUGAAACAGCCGCUGUUGGACAAGGAAGAUCAGCCUCCGGUCUUGCCUCCUUCGUCUUACAAUGGAUCCGAAUCUCAGGGACUCGCCGAGGAACCGAAGGGGGAAUUUAAGACAUGGCUGGUAGAGGAGCUGACGCACCAGUUUUGGCUCGCGGGACCUAUGAUUCUCGUCAACUUACUCCAAUAUUUACUCAACGUGGUAUCGGUGAUGUUCGUCGGCCAUCUGGGAGAGCUCGCGUUGGCCAGCUCCUCCAUCGCGACAUCCCUCGCAGGAGUUACAGGAUACCACGUCAUGAUGGGAUUGGCUUCAGCACUCGAAACGUUGUGCGGCCAAGCCUUCGGAGCGAAAGAGUAUCGAUUAAGCGGAAUAUUUCUGCAAAGAGCAAUUUUCGUGCUCACUCUUUGCGCCUUUCCAAUCUCCUUCGUCUGGUGGCACAUGGGGACAAUCUUGAAAUUUAUCGGCCAGGACCCCUCCAUUUCAGACGGUGCCAUGGAGUACGCGAGGUUCCUUAUACCCUCUUUAUUCGCCUACGCGUUUCUGCAGCCGCUGGUCAAGUUUCUUCAAACCCAGAGCGCAGUGAACUCGAUGGCCGUAUUUUCGGGAAUUACAUUAUUAUUUCACGCUCCCCUCUGCUACAUGCUCGUGUUCUACUUCGGAAUCGGAUUCCGCGGAGCCGCAAUCGCUAACUCUAUCUCGCAGUGGAUUAACGUGAUCUUCCUAGCACUCUACGUCAGGUUCUCUCCGACCUGCAAAAGAACAUGGACAGGUUUCUCCCGCGAAGCACUCCAUGAUAUCUUCUACUUCCUCAAGCUCGCGGUACCAUCCACAGUCAUGGUCUGUUUGGAGUACUGGUGCUUCGAGUCCAUCGUGCUUCUCUCCGGGCUGCUUCCAAACCCGAAGCUGGAGACAUCUGCUCUUGCGAUCUGCCUGAACACCAUAGCGCUCAUGUACAUGGUACCCUUCGGUCUCAGUGCCGCUGUGAGCACGAGGGUGUCUAACGAGCUAGGAGCCGGCCGACCCUACGCUGCGAAGGCAGCAGUGAAGUUGACAGUUUCCUUGGCCCUUCUGGAAGGAUGUCUCAUGUCCAUCCUUCUCAUCUCCGUCCGCGGCGUGUGGCCCUACCUCUACAGUGGUGAUGCGGAGGUUGUGAAUUACGUCUCGAAGAUGGUUCCGUUUUUGGCAACACUGGCAAUUUUGGACGGUUUCCAAGGAACUUUGUGCGGUGUAGCAAGAGGCUGUGGAUGGCAACACCUCGGCGCCUACACGAAUCUGGGCGCAUUCUACGUGAUCGGCAUUCCCACUGCCCUGCUGAUGGCCUUCCACUUCCACCUCAAUGGCUACGGAUUGUGGAUCGGAAUCAUUUGCGGUCUCGUGACACAGGCCUUCCUUCUAGCCGUCAUCACUCUAACCCUAAACUGGCAAAAGCUCGCCGACGAGGCGACGGAUCGCGUACACCAUAGUUACGUCGAGGGAGAUGUGCUGCCCAAACACGGCCAGAAAGUGGACCAUUCGCAGCUGACGCAGUGAUUAGAGGCCAGACGCACACACCAACUCCACCAUCAAAGUGACGGAGGAAUCCGCAGCGCACCCUUAGCUCUGCCAUAGCUCGCCACAUUGGCGAGUGUUAGUUUAACAUCCUGUACCAGUAAAGUUACGAGCGUGAUGUAGACGAGUCCGACGAUGGAACCGUGGCUCUCACUGAAGUCAUCAAAAUUUUCUGCACUCUUCGGCGCACUUCACACGUUUCUGUCGAGUUUCUGGUGAGGGCACGAAGCCAACGGACGGAGAUCUCGGCGUUCUCGAGAGAGUUGUCCCGACUGCAUGCUUUGGAAGCCGACGUGGAGCCGAGCGAGUUGACGAUGUGCACGCUCGCUAUAGUCAUGACGGCUCGCAAUCCUGCUCUGUAACAUUCCGUUUCCCGAUGUUUCUUUGGCGUCGAUUUCAUCAAUGUGACAGCGAAACUCAGAGGAAAGAUGUGAUUUUUUUGGAAUCUGACAGAGUGGUAGAGAGCUUGUUACACUUCAAGGGGAAAGAAAAGAUUUUUCACAAUGAUGUAACCCAAUAUUUUAUAUAUCUAAAACUGAGCAUCUUUCAGUUUCACUCUC